UGCAAAAUCAAGCCACGUUUUGCUCAUGUUCCAAAACAAAUUAACGAAGUUGUUUCCCCCUUUAACAGUUAUUCACGGCAUUGAGCUAUCCUUCGUGAAUCGAGUGUACAUCGAUACAAAUUCUUGAUUAGAUACCGAAGAAAAAUGGAUAAGGUUAAGAAAAAGGCAACCUAUAUGGAAAAACAAUUUUGUGCUGUUUGCAACAUCAGGGUGGAUCGACAUAGCAGUAUGGAACAACAUUUGAAUGGGAAAAAGCAUAUGUCUCUGUUAAACAAAGCACAAAGAAAAAGAAGAAUAGAGGAGCAAGCAUGCAGUGAAGGAGUUUAUAUUACAGGAAUUCCAACUUCAGUAAGCAAUACAACAUUGCUAGAAUAUUUUAAAAGCUUUGGACAAGUGGUUGCCAUCCAAAGAUAUGAAACAGACAACCAAACGCUGUUGCAGUUCAAGUUAAGAAAGCAAGCACAUGCAGCAUUGAAAAGCUCUCACCAUGUUGGAGGAAGUGAACUUUUGGUUCGACCACGGAGAGCCGUUCAGCAUCAAACAACCGUACCAAAAGAUGGUGUGGUGAGCCACAUAGAAAUUUUUAAAAACGCAUUAGAAGAAUCUAUGAAAACAAACCCUGAGAUGUCUAUUGACGAGCAGAUUCGUUCGCUGGUCACAGUCUUGGAAGUCACAGAAGAAGAAAAGCGCCGACAGUCACAGAUUAUCUCAACGCUAGAGGAAUGGUUGUCACUCGAAUUUCCAUCUUGCCGAAUUCACCUGUUUGGAUCGUCUGUUUCUAGAUUGGCCUUUCGCGGUGAAUCAGAUCUUGACAUCUUCAUGGAAACUCCGACAAAUGCCAGUAUACCCUCUGUUAGGGAGCCAUUUUCUUUUCAAGAAGAAACUCUGAAGAAACAGCGGGAAAAUGUGCUUGACGUUCUCCGUCGAGCAUCUAACAUCAUACGCCGUCAUCCAGACGUAUCCGAUUUGUUCGUCAUCUCCAACGCUCGGAUACCACUUUUAAAAUUCGUCCACUUUCCAACAGGAAUCAAAUGCGACCUCACUUGCAAUAAUAUCAUCGGCGUCCAAAACUCGAAGCUUUUGUUCUCCCUACAAAGCUUCGAUAUCCGAAUCAGACCUUAUUUGUACGCACUAAAAUUCUGGGCGAAGAGUCAUCGUUUGAUUAGUUCUCCCGAAUCGUCCUUGUCGAGUUAUGCCUUAACUCUCAUGGCUGUAUACUAUUUACAACAAAUGGCCCCUCUUAUCCCAAGUGUAGAGUCGUUGCAGAGCGCAGUGCCAGUUGAGGAACGGAUGUCCUGCAAUGGAUGGAACAUAAGUUACAAAGUACCAUCCGUUGCAGGAUCAAUUAAUACCGAGAUAACCAUUAUGGAUUUAUUGAUUGGGUUUUUUCGUUUUUACCGGAACCUCAAUGCGAGCGAAAUGGUUGUGUGUCCGCUGCAAGGGAAACUUGUACCGAAAACCGACUUUAAAGAUUCUACUCAUCCUGUUAAAGAAGAACUGUCGUGCGACAACGAAAACCGUGACUUGAGACCUCCUUUGAAAUUGAGCUUGUUGUGUGUUCAAGACCCGUUCCAACUCGACUUCAACAUAUGUUUUAAUUUUCGGCAUUUUGAGUUGUUCCAGUCCCUUUGCGAAUCAGCGGAGCACACCUGCUUAAGAAUUUUGGAAGUAAAAAAAGAAGCCAGAGUUUUAGAUCUCUUCAAAACUACCGUAAAGACGAAGUUUUCGGCUGCCAAAGUCGUUGAAUCUCCUCUUAAGUCUUCAAUAUUUCUCAGAUUCCAACCGAUUCACGAUGGGGCCAGUCCUGAACAAGCGGAAAACCUGAUUCGUUCCGUUGGUCAAUUUAUAGGUAGUUUGUUUAGUUUCUCUUAUGGCAUUCAAUUUGAAGAAAAUACCCAAAUUAAAAAGAAACGUAAACAAAUGAAUUCCGAUUUCUCUAUUCUUCACGACGAAAAUGGUUCUCUUUUGAAAUGGAGGACUAAUUAUUUAAUGACUGUGCCAUUUGAUGUGUGCACAAACAAACGGGAAGGGCUAUUAGCUAGCCAAGUUCUACUUGAAAACGAUGCCAAGUCUUUGCUCGAUCGUGAAAGAGCUAUUACUUCGUUGCUGUCCUGUACAUCACCUGAAAAUGUAACCCCAUAUGCUGUUGUCAAUUUUUCGAUGAGUUAUGACGUGGGCCCCUUGGUUGUAAGCCUACACUUCGGAAAUACCGUUAGCCCUAAAACAUUUUUUCUGAAACUUGUGACAGAUUUUCGACGCUGUGUAAGUAAAUCUGUUGAAGAUCAUUUGAUUGAGAACAAGUUGCAGUACAAGUUAAAAUGAUGAAA